AUGCAGAGUUAUGAAAGUGGCGAUCCGAAGCUCCUGUAUGAAACUAAGCAGAAUCAAAAUUUUGAAGGGGUGAUGGUUUCAACUUUAUCAGAAGUGAAAAACGAGAGCGAGGGAUUGUAUAUGUCAACAGAUAAAACUCCAGACAAUAGUGAUGUAUUGCAUAGUUCUGUUGAGUAUGAUGCUAGGGUUCAACCUCCCAACACGAUAGCAUUAGAAGAAGAUAUGUCUCAAUCUACAGUUCUUGCUGUCUCUAGAAAUGAUGGUACUGAGCAGUUGUCAGAGGUUAACAAUGAUGUUUCACUAGAAAGUGCCACUAUACCCUCCACCCUCCAAUAUGUGGAUGAUGUUAAUUUGAGCAUUAAGGAAGAGGUUGGAACAACUGAUGCCACUGGAUUUAUACCAUCAGAAGUACAAGAUUUGGGACCAAAUAAAUCAGAUGAGCAAAAGCAAGAAAAUAUAAAACAGGAGAAGGACAACAGGAAUGAGAUUGGUGCACAAGAAAGCCUCAAAAAGUUGUUUGUUGGAGGGUUAACCUUAGAUGCCACUGAAGAUUUUCUUUAUAAGCAUUUUGAGAAAUUUGGAGAGAUUGUUGAUGCUUGCAUUGUGACUGAGAAAGGCACUGGAAAUUCAAGAGGUUUUGGUUAUGUGAAAUUUGAAAAUCAAGAAGAUGCUGCUGGUGCCAUAAAAGCAGCAGAUGGUUUGAGAAUCAAUGGUAAAACACUGUGUGUAGAAUUUGCUGAUGAACCAAAAUCAUCUCAAUCUCCUUUUCAUGUUCGUCGUGGUGACUAUGGUCGUCGUGGUGACUAUGGUCGUCAUGGUGACUAUGGUCGUCGUGGUUACCCUGAACGAAGUCGAAACCAUGAACGAGACUAUCGGUAUGAUCAUGAUUUUUACCAUCGAAGAGAACGAAAUGACUCAUACUAUGAUAGAGAUUAUAGUCAACCUCAACCUCGAAGAUAUGAAAGACCCCCACCUGAUGAUUAUUAUGAUUGCCCACCAUCCAGAGAUUAUUAUGACAAACCACCAAUGAGGGAUUACUAUUACGAGAAAGAUUAUUAUGAGCGACCUCCUCGUGAUUACUACAGGACCCUGCCAGCCAAUGAUUACUAUGAUCGACCUUCUUCCAAAAACUUUUAUGAUGAACCACCUUUAAGGGGUUAUGAUUAUCCCACAUCAGAAGAUUAUUACAAUCGAUCACCAAGAGAUUAUUCCAAUCAUCCAAGAGAUUAUUCCAAUCAUCCAAGAGAUACCUAUAGUAGACUGCCAAGUCGAGAAUUUUACCAAUAUCCAAGACAUCAACCUUCAUAUGAUGAUUAUCAUUCUCCUGUUGAAAGAAGACCUGCCAUGUCUGAUGUGGAUGUUGCCAGAUUACGUGUCAAUAGGGAAAAAUUACGGGAUGAGGAAAGUACAAAUGCGCAGCUAAGAUUUGGAGGAAGAAAACAUAAGAAGGACAAAUCAACAUCCAGUGAUUCUGAAAGCUCAGAGGGAAAAUCCAAAGAAAGAAAACGGCAUCGAGUUAUACCAAAAGCUUACAUGAUGUGAUUUCCUAUGAAGAAUUUGUUCUGGAGCGUCUUUAUAACUUGCAUGACAACAUUUAUCAUGGCAGAAAUAUGGCGAGUGAUGGAGUAAAGGAUAAUAAUGGCGUGAUUGGAUGAAACUUUGUAGCAAAUGGCGAUCUGUUCCAAAAUCAUUUUGUGAUGAGAGGCUGAUCAAUUUUCCUUAUAUUUCAUAAUUUUGAAACUAUGUGUUGUGUUAUAAGAAAUGUAAUUUCUUCUUUUUGACUUUGACUAUACCUAUGUUUCAAUUGAAUAUUCAAUUCAAGGUUUGCUUUACUUAAAGAACUGUUAAUUAGAGAGUAGUAGAGGAGGCAAUAAAUAAAAAGAGAUUAGAGGGUGUGGUCCCACAAUGCAACAGUAA